AUGAAUGCUCUAUGUGCUGCCCAACGGCUGGCCCUCCGAGCAAGCCGGCAGGGAUCUCUACUGUGGGGAAGCCCGCAUAGUUCUUUCCGGUCCCAUGUGGGUAAAGUCCAGCUGCCAAAACAUGGACUCCAUUCGCAUUGCAUCCCUACUUUACGUCAAUCCCUACCAUUGAAUUCGCUACCAACCAGGUAUGGUGCUUCCCUAAUCCAUGAGUGCAUUGAUCUGACUGUUUAUCUCAGAGAGUUGAGACUUGGGAGUCUUCUCUCUGCUCCGAGGAUAUCUUUCCGUCCUCAACACCAGAGGUGGUCUGCAUCCAAAACACCGGAAGACCAGAAAAGUUCUCCCUCCGAAAAGCCAAACACCCCCCAAAAACCAGGGGUUCUGUCACGCAUUCCAAACGGGACCCAUGAGAACAUCUAUACUAUCCCUAACCUUCUCACGUUCUCUCGGCUGGUGGCUGCCCCGUUGGUCGGGUACCUGCUAGUCCAUGACUACCAUGGUGCAGCUCUAUCGUUGUUUGCCUAUGCCGGGAUCACCGAUCUCAUCGAUGGCUAUAUCGCCCGUCGAUACCAACUGCAGACAGUAGUCGGCACUAUUAUCGACCCCAUGGCCGAUAAGCUACUGAUGACCAUCGGGGUGGCCUGUCUAGCGGUCAAUGGGUCUCUUCCUGUCUGGCUCGCUGUGAUUAUCCUCGGUCGCGAUGUUGGCCUGGCCAUCUCUGCUAUUUACUACCGCUGGAUUACGCUUCCACCACCCAAGACAAUGGCCCGGUACUGGGACUUUUCGCUCCCAUCGGCCGAGGUCAAGCCAACGGAGAUCUCGAAGAUUAACACUGCCCUGCAGCUGGUGUUAGUUGGGAGCGCGAUCGCGCUGCCGGUGGUGCCCGAGGCAAUUGUCAGUGCCUGGCAUCUAAACGAAGCCAUGGGCAUACGUGGUGGCUGCUACCACUGUCUGGUCUGGUCUUGGGUAUCUCUUUUCCAAGGAUGCAGUGAAGAAACUGUCAGCAGAAGAGUACCGGAAUAG